GGAGCGGCGAAGUAUUUCAGUUUUCAUUCCUUAAGCGCACAUAAAACAUCGACGACAAAAUUUGAUGAAAGCAAAUUAGGAAAGAAAUUCGGCUACAAUGCUAAAGUUUACAUUAUUUUUAAUUAGUGUAGUUUUUUUCAACUGCAUUUUUGCGGCGCCUCUAAGCAAACAGGGGAAUGGAUGCAAACAAGGUUGCCCAUCAACAAGCAAAGGAAGCAAAUUAAAAUAUCAACCCGGCCAAGUGUAUAGCUAUAACUUCGAAAGUACAGUAUCGAUUUCAUUAACUGGAAAUGAUCCCCAAGAUAUUCAAUUGCAAGUUCAGGGUACAGCUCAUGUGCACGGCUAUUCAAAUUGCCAAUAUGGUUUGGAUUUGAAUGAUGUAACAUUGAUUGGACCGGAUAAGGCCAAGACAAAGUUCAAUAGCAAAUUACAAUUAUCGAAAAUCGUACAAUUCACAUUAUCCGACGAUAAAUUAGAAUCGGAGAUUUGCGCCAGCCCAGACGAUUCCGAUGUUUCGUUGAACAUUAAACGAGCAUUGAUUUCAUUGUUGCAAUUGAAUGAUGGAUCCGCUGAAGAAGUCGAUGUUUUCGGUAAAUGUCAAACAAACUAUGCCGUCACAAAGAACGAUGAUGGUUCAUAUGUUGUUACCAAAACUCGUGACUUGAACUCAUGCAGUCACCGUGAAAGCUUUGUCAAUGGUAUUAUUACUGGUGUUUUCAAUGAAAACAGCAACAUAAAAUCGACCCCAUUAUUGAACGGCGAUUAUACCAAUGAAGUUCGUGUCAAUCGUAACGGCAUCGUUGAAUCGUCUCAAGUUGUUGAAGAUUAUGUGUUGGUGCCGUUUUCAAAUGGUGAUGCCGGUGUUCGUGCACGUGUUGUCACAUCAUUUCGAUUGAAAGACCAAAAACCAAAUGGCGGUGAAACACUAUCGGUUUCAGUACCACGGUCGUUGAUCUAUGAAAGCGUUAAAAAACCACAAGCCGUUAACUACAAAACCGCAAAAGAAUCGCUGUUUGGCAUUUGCAAAACAUAUGAACAACGUAAAAACACUGUUGGUGCUCAAGUUGCUGGCCAAUUCACCGAAACCAUUCGUUUGUUGCGCUACUUGAAAAAGGAUGACAUUUUACUAUUGCAUAAAGAUGCAAGCAAUCCAAUUUGUCGCAAAGUAUUUUUGGAUGCUGUUUUCCGUGUUGCCAGCGCUGAGUCGAUCAAUGCAAUCGCAUCGCUAUUGGAAAAUAAUAAAAUUCACGAAAAACGUUUGGCCUAUCUUUCAUUCAAUUUGGCUACAUCGGUUAACAAGGAAACUAUAAACAUUUUGACGAAAUUGCUCGAAAAGGACGUUCUAAAAGAAGGUUAUUUGAGCAUUGGAAACUUAGUCAAAAAAUACAUACAACAAAAUGGUAACGAAAAUGAUGCUGAUCUCGUGAAAUUACUUGAUAAAUUGGCCGAUAAGUUGGGUAACUGCAAAAGCGCAAAACGUCACCAAGAAGAUGUGAUUGUUGCCAUUUUGAAGGGAUUACGUAGUGCUGAAGGUGUCACUGGAUCACUUUUGGAUAAAUUGGUGAAAUGUGCAAGUGAAGGUAAUGCCGGGCGUGUUCGUGCCGCUGCCAUUCAAGCAUUUGCAUCGGCCUCAUGCGACAACAAAAUCCAAUCGGCUGCAUUGAAUCUCUUGAAAAAUCGUAAAGACGAUUCGGAAUUCCGUAUUGAAGCAUAUUUAGCUUUGGUCGAUUGUUCAUCACCAGAAAUUGCCGAUGAAGUAUCAAAAUUAUUGGAUGACGAACCUGUUUAUCAAGUUGGCUCAUUCAUUGUUUCGCAUUUGAAAAAUUUACGUGCAUCAACCGAUUUGUACCGAGAAAAGGCACGUAACGAUUUUGCUGAUGUUACUGCAUCGAAGAAAUUCCCAAAUGACAUUCGUAAAUUCUCAUUUAAUCAUGAAUUCUCCUAUGAAUUUGGAUCGCUUGGUUUGGGCGGUAGCAUUGACAGCAACGUCAUUUACUCGCAAAAAUCAUUCACACCACGUUCACUUCGCACCAAUUUAACCGGUGAAUUGUUCGGCACAAGCUUCAACAUUUUCGAACUGAGCGGACGUCAAGAGAACUUCGAUUUGGUGUUGGAGCAUUAUUUUGGCCCCAAAGGAUAUUUCAACACAUUGAACAAACAGGAGGCUCUGUCUAAAAUCCAUGACUACGUUAGUGGUGGAGCAUAUCGUCCAAAACGUAGUAUCGCCCAAGAGGCGGACAAUUUCGGAAAAGAUUAUGUCGGUUCAUCGGGUCGCGAUGUUGAUUUUGAUUUUUCGGUGAAAAUGUUCGGUUCGGAAUUGUAUUUCUUGAGUUUGGGUGACAAUUUACCAUCAGAAAGCAAAGAUUUCACAAAAGAAUUCGGUCGCUUAUUGCAAAACUUCUUGAAAGAUGCCAAAGAACGCAAAAAGAAACAAUAUGAAGUUCACUCGUUGUUCCUUGAUGCUGAAUUCUCAUACCCAACCAGUUCCGGUUUUCCAUUGAAGAUUCAAUCACAAGGUGCGGGUGCGUUCCGCUUGGAAGCUUCACUCAAGGCUGACUUUAAGGACAUUCAAGCCAAUCCAAAGAACACGAAAUUCGCGGUCAGCGUUUCGCCAAGUUACAACGUUGAAUUGAGUGGAAUUAUUAGCGUUGAUGGCUAUGAAGUAACGACCGGUGUAAAAGUUACCAGCAAUGUGCACAGUGCAACUGGUGCCCAAUUGUCAUUCGAGCUAUUGAAUCAAGGCAAAGGUGUUGAUGUUAAAGUCGAUUUUCCACUUAAAAAACAAGAAAUUCUCAGUUUUGAUCAUGAUAUCGUUUUUAUCCAACAAAACUUGGGUCAUCCAAGCAUUAUACACAAUUUGAAAUCGGCACAAAAGAAAGAUGUUAGCAAUAACGAAGAUUGUUUCGAUCAAUUCCAAAAAUAUUUGGGUGUAACCGUUUGCUAUGAAUUGAAAUACAAAAAAGGCGAAAAAUUGGUGAACAGUCGUUUGUUCCCAUUGAAUGGGCCAGUUCAUGCAUCGGCUUAUAUUGAAAUUGAAAAACAAUACCAUUUUAAUGCCGCGUAUGACGAUUCAAUUCAACAAAAACGGACAUUAGAAUUGGUGUUCGAUACACCCGAAUCAGUAGACAAACGUAAAGUAUCAGUUAAAUUCGAAGGUGCCAUUCAACCAAAGGCAUACCUAAGCGCCGAAAUUGUAUCACCAUACAAAUCGGUAAACGCUGAAAUCGGUGUCAAUAAUGACGACAAAGAAUUGACCAUCUAUGGACAAGCCAACAGUGAUGCCUUGCAAUAUUUGUUGAAAUUCGGUUUCAAAAAGAGUGGAUCAGGUACACGUCGUGAAUACACACCAAUCAUUGAGUACAACAAUCCAGAAGAAAUUCCAUACAAAGUGAGCGGAAAACUAAUUGUCGAUUCAUCACAACCACCGAAGAUGCGAUACAAUUUCGAAAAAUUGACCAUUGAGCCAGCACAAAGUGAUGGAAAAUUCGGUCCAUUGGUGUUUGAUGGAUGGUUUGAACAUGAAAAACUUGAACAUUUUGAAACAGCUAUGGAUGUUAAAUACAAGGAUAAUACGGCCAAUAUUAAAGGUAACGUUAUUGCCAAAAACCAAGAAUUGGAUUUGGAUUUGUCACUUUUGAGUGAUGUUGCUGAAUUUGCCAACGGUCGUGUGAAAUUCCAUUACAAACGUGGUCAAAAACAAUGCAAAAACUCAUUUGUAUUUGUGUAUGGCCGUGACUUGGAAUCGACAACCAAACGCAUUGAAUUAACCACCGACUAUGAAUUCGAGAAAAAGGACGAUAAAUACGUUAGCAUUGCUGGCAAAAACACGCUCAUCAUUUCACCAAUUCCAAUCAAGCUUGUGCUUAACGGUGGAUACCGUGCGGGACAUUUUGACUACGAAUUUAUUGGUGGCUAUGCCCAAAAUGAAGUAUCAUCAAAAUUGAAUGCUGAUGUUAACAAGAAGAGCAAAGGCGAUUGGAAUAUUAAAAUCAAUGGAGCCGUGAAUAAUCACAAUAUUGAACUGGUAUCAUCACGUGACAUCGAUGAUGCGGCUCAACGAUCGGUCGUUAAAAAUGAAUUGAAAUCAAGUGGCGGAGCCAGUGUUUCUGUCAACGCAAAAUUCGAUAAUCAUUUCAGCACUCAAAAGAUUGAUUUUGCUGCCGACGGUGUUGUUGUAGUUGGACGUGGACAAAAACCAUUGAAAUUGGACUUUAAAUUUUUGCUCAAUCCAAAGUCUGCUCAAAGUAACGGAAAAUUGCUGGCCGACAAUGCAGAAGUCUUUUCAUUUAAUGCCGUUCUCAAUCGUAAUGAAGGCAAUGUCAACAAUCCAACCACCGCAAAAUUGGAAAUCAGUGUACCAGAUUUUGUAUCGGCUCACGGUGAUUACAAUUCGGUGAAAGGUAAAGGUAAAUCGGAAUUCAUUGUAACAUUCCAGAAAUUCGAUCGUAAAGUUAAAGUUGUCACCAAUUACGAAGUUGGCACCAAUAAAUUCGAUUUGCUUAACGAUUUCUACUACAAUUUUGAAAAGGAUAAUUCGCGUCACAUUGCAUUCGAGACAAAGAAUAAAUAUGCAAGCAAUUCAUUCGACAGCGUCAACGAAGUCGAUAUUAACGGCGAGAAAUUCCAUUUUGCAAUCGAUGGAAGCAAAACCGGUAACUUUAAGAAUGGAAAACAAAAUGGUAAAUUUACAUUGCGUUUGCCAACGGAACGUGAAAUUGUUGGUACAUUGGAUCGUCAAGUAGAUUAUACAUCAGCAAAAGCAACCGCAUACGGUGUCGCUAAGAUUACCGACACCAUUGCACAGGGUGGACGCAAACAACGUUCCAUUGAAUUCAGUCGCACAUUGAAAGAUGGAGACCGCGAAAAACGAUUGUUUGAUGUUUACCAUAAGCUUACACUCACCGAUUUUGAUGCAAAAUCAAUUGUUGUCGAUACACAUUUCAAUCAUUUGCCAAAAGGUAGUUACAAAUCAGCUUUGGCCAAUGUUAAAGUCAGUGGCUCUGUUCCACAUCCAAUUGAACUAAACGUUGGCAUUGAUGAAUACUGUGCCAUCCAUGCUAUUUACAAUGCAAACUUUAAAUACGGUAAUGCUGGUGCGGUACAAUUAAAUGGUGACUAUUAUGUGGGUGAACCGGGUAAAAAACCAAACACAUUCAAAUUAACGGGUCAAGUGUCGGUGCCACAAAGUAAAUUGAAACAAUUGUCAUUCGAUACACGCGGUAGCUUCAAAUGUCCAGAGAAAAAAGAUGCAAACGGUCAAUUCGAAUAUGAAUUCAAAUUCAACAGCAAAUUGAAUGAAAAGAAUGUUGACAUCAAUACCAAUGGUAAAUUCGGUAAAGCAAAUGGUGAUUUAUCGCUCAAUGUAAAACUGCCCGAAACCGAUUCAGUCGCUCUUGAUUUGGACUACAGCUAUGACCGAAAUGCGGAACAAAAAUCACAUCACGGUGUCGGAAAUAUUCAGGUGCGUUAUGGUAAUGGUAAAAACAUCAAAUUCUCUGGAGAUGGUAAAGUGGUUGAGCAUAAGGAAAUCUCCUAUCACAGUUCAAUAAAUACAUCAUAUGAAAAGGCCAAGAGCUUUGAUGUUUCAUUCAAAAUAGUCAAAAAGGAGGAGGAUGCCUAUCAAACGGAAGCUGAAUUGAAGAUCGAUGACAAAAAAUACAAACUUUCAAAUGUUGUUGUUGCUUCACACUUGAGCCCAUCGUUCACUCUUGAUGUUUAUUAUCCACAAGAAAAACACUCACAGGUCGCUGUUGCUGUAAGCCGUAUUGCUGAUCGCAAACAUAAAUUGAGCGUACGCUUGGUUAAUAUCAAAAGCUUCCAAUUGAGUGGUGACGUUGAAUUGUCUUAUCAGAGCGUUGAGAACUUUGGAUUGAUCGUUGAUUUGGAUUCGGCCGUAUUGAAAGCAAAUAAAUUGCACAUUGACAUUCAUUCAAAACAAAGUGGCAAUAACAAAGGUAUCGAAUUCAGUGCAACUGAACAAAAUAAAAACAUUAUUAGCGGAACGGCCGAUUAUUCGGUGAAACAAGAAAAAGGAAAGAGCACUAUUGAAGGCAAAGGCAAUGUUAACUGGUAUGAUAAAUCAAGCGCACUCACCUUCCAAUUUGUACGCAGCACAUUCAAUCAAGCUGAAAACAAUGAAACCGGAUUUAGUUUGGUGUUCAACGGUCAAAUUGGUCCAAAGAAUGUUCAAGCCGAAUUGAAAGCCACCAACCGAGAAUUCCAUUUGCAACAAACGAUUUGUGAAUCGGACAAACCAUGCGUUCACUUAAAGGUUACAUCGAUUUUAAGCGAUGUUGAUUGGAAACAUUUCACUCACAAUUUAUUGGUUACAUUUAAUUUGCGUUCACUUGGUUUUCCUCAUGAAUUCAACUUGAAGGCAGAUACCAAACGUGAUGGAUACUUCAUUGAGCAUACAUUUGAUACACAAAUCCAAUCGGCCGAUCAAAAUAAAUAUCAAUUCAAUGCAUUCGUUAAACCAACAACGGCCGGUAUUGUGCUUAGCAUUCCAAAGCGAACGGCUGCUGUUGAAGCAACAUUUGCUUAUCCAAAAGAAUUCAUCGGUGUCUAUCAAGCAACUAUCACCAGCUACUUGGAUAAGAAAAACAAUCCAAGCAAACAUAGUACAAUCGGUUUCAAGGGUGAACUUAAACGUCCCGGCAAAAUGGUAUUCAUUGCAACCGGUGCUUUAGUCGCCAGUCAUCCAUCGGUUAAAGAAUUGAAAAUUAGCGGUGAAUCCGAAUUCAGUGCUGAUAAACGUUUGAUUAGCGGUAGUCUUACAUUUGACGUAUUUAAAAACACAAAUCAAGCUAUUGUUGUUUCUGCCAAGUAUGCCAAUACCGAUUCGUCAUCAAAAGGAUUCAAUCUUACAUCGGAAUUAUCAUUGAAGAGUCAAGGACUUGGCUUGAACUAUGUAUUCCGCGAGAAUGCUGGUGUUAGCUUUGGUCGUCGUGCAGUCUCAUAUACAUAUGAAUUCCGUGGCCCAACAUCAAAAGAACGGUUCGGCGUUUACUUGGUCGGCGAUCCAAAGAAGGUUGAUUUCAGCAUUGUUUCAUUCGACGAAGAAUUGGUGAAAGGUAGCGGUGAAGUGGAUGUUGCCAAAAAGACAGCAUCGAUUCAAUCAACCUAUAAACUAUUGGGAACUGAACCAAUUCAUUCGCAUGCCACCGCCUCAUUGAAUGCUUUCAAUGCAAAUAUCAAACAAGGAAAUUUCUUCUCAAUUCAAGCCGAUGCUGUUGCUGCCAAAGCAUUGAGCUUCAAGGCAAUUGGAAAUCAAAAAACACUAUUGAACCUCAAUGUCGCAUUGGAUCAAGCUAACUUUUUGUCAACCAACUAUGAUGUGAAUGACAAAGAACUCAAAGAAUUCUUGAAAAGUACUAGAGCCAAGCUUGCCGGAGAUGCAAAACAAGCUCGUAAUGAAUUCGAAUCACGUAUUAACCAAGCCAAAAACUCAUUGACCGCACAAGUGAACAGUGUCAAAGGAAAUUUGCCCGAUUUCUCGAAAUUGAAUGCCGACUACAAAGAAGAAUUCGAAAACUUCAGCAAUGACCUGUUGGCCGACAAAUCGAUCAAAGAAUUGGUUGAUCUAUUCAAACAAACGUACGAAACUCUAAAUAAAACUGUUGGCGAAUUGUUGCGCACUUUGAUCGAAAACUUCAAACAAGUCUCAAAAACAAUUAACGAAUUCUUCAAAGAAUUGUAUGAUGGAUUCAAUGAACGUAUUUUGCCAUCGCUUAAAGAAUCAUACAUUCACAUUGAACAAUCACUAUCAAGUGUAUUCGAUGAACUGUUCAGCUCGCUCGCACAUUUGUUGGAACGUUUAAUUGAAUCGCUCAAAAGAUUCGAAGAUGAUUUCAAAACAAUCGGAAAAUCGGCCAGCGAAUGGUCAAAGAAAGCCGGCAAAGUACUUGGUGAACAAUGUUCAAUUGUUCAACGUGAACUUGAAGACAUUUACAAAUUGAUUGUCGAUCAUCUUAAAUCGUUGCCAGGACUUGAAGUCAUCAAGGAGAAAUACAAUGAACUCGUGCAAAGAAUACCGGUUAGCGAUGCUGAAGAACUUAAGAAAUUGGCUGAAAAACCAUUGGCCAUAUUGAAAAAAUGGCUUGAGUGGACACAAGAGCGAUUACAAUCAUUGAGUGUUGAUUCAGCUGACGAUUACUAUGGAUUACCAUUUGUAUGGUUCCAGAAGAAUAUACACUACUUCCCAAAACUCACCACCAUGAAACUCAGCAUUUUGAAUUAUGUCAUGCAUGAACCAUUGCCGUCGCUUAAAGAUGUAUUGCUCACUUACCGUCCAUACGCUUUCAAUCCAUUGUAUUUGGUGCCACCAUUCCCGAUCGAAGGUCAUGUUGUCGAAGGUGAACACCUGUUCACAUUCAGCGGUGAUCAAUUGACAUUGCCAGGCGCUACAUGUAACUACGUACUUGCUAAGGAUAUUGUUGAUGGUAACUUUACUGUUCUUGCUAAAAUUGUUGACAAAAAAUUGCAAUCGAUCAGCUUGGUUGACAAGAGCGGCGAAUCAAUUGAAUUGGCUGCCAAUGGAAAAUUAACGGUUAAUGAUAAAGCAAACGAAUUCCCAGUUCUUGAGAAAUCAUUGUACGCUUGGCGAACAUAUUACAGUGCAAGCUUGUAUUCAACAUACGGUGUUCAAGUUUUGUGCGCAUUGGAUUUGAAGGUGUGUCACAUUACGGUCAACGGUUAUUACUUUAGCAAAUUGCGCGGUCUAUUGGGCAACGGUGGUUACGAACAAUACGAUGCCAAAUCGCUACCAAAUGGAAAGAUCUCAGAUAGUUCUUCACAAUUUGUCAAUGCGUAUAAAUUGGUAAACUCAUGCCCCGACGUAAGCAUUGAUGAACAACACAAGCAUUCCGAUGACGCCAAAAGUCCAGAAUGUGAAAAAGUUUUCGGUUCAUCAUCAUUGCGCUACGCAAGUUACAUUCUUGAUUCAAAACAAUAUUUCGAGGCUUGUGAACAUGCUGUAAAGAGUGCAGCUAACAAACAACAAGCUGCCUGUAACGUUGGUUUCGGCUAUGCUUCAUACGCACGCUUGCAAAAUGUUCCAGUCAGCAUGCCAGGUGUUUGCCAAAAAUGUGAGGUCAUUGACGAUAACAAAAGUGUAAAAUCGUAUGAAAUCGGUGAACGCUACACGGUGGAUAGUGGUAAAAAAGCUGAUAUUGUCUUUGUAGUCGAUACGGCAAUUGAAUCAAAAUCGCUUACCGAUUUGGUGCAACAUUUUAUCACCGAAUUGCGAAAACAAUUGAAAAAAGAAUACGACGCACAUAUCAGUGUGAUUGGAUACAAAAAGGGUGAGAAAUAUCUCAGCCAUUAUACAACCGAUGGAAAAUUGGACGUUUCAAAUUUCCACUUGCCUAAGAACUCGGAAUACAUGCCUAAAGAAGAAAAAAUUGUAUCGCUCAACUGUAAAUACAUGGAUCCAAUCUUACAAACAUUAUACGAUACAAGCAUUAAGAUUCAAGAAGAACUCAGUCUAUUGGCCGAUGGUCGUGCAUUCCGCGAGGCUCUUAACUAUCCAUUCCGUUCAAAUGCCCAUCGAUCAAUUGUUGCCAUUCGGUCAGACGUUCUACAACACUCAUCGAAUCCGAUUAAAUUGCUCGGCGCAAAGGCUGUCAAUGAAAUUGCCAAAGGAAUGGGUAUCAAUCUUCAUUUGCUUGCACCAACACCCGAAUUGAAAUUCAAUAACAACAAAGAGGUUAACAAUGUGGUUGGUUUCAGUGACAAACAAGUUUUGUAUUUGCCAGGCCAGAAAAAACACAGUGCGGAUCGUCAACAUUUGCAAUACGGUCUUGAUUUGGGAAUUGAUAUGGUUAGCGAAAAUCAUGGAUACGCAUUCAGUUUGACCAAUUACAAUGCACUCGAUGCACCGAACCAAAAAUCAUUUGUGAAAAUCGCCGCACAACAUAUUGCCCAACAAAUCACUAAAACCGAAAGUGUUCACGAAUGUGUUUGUAUUCCUCACCAUGGCCUCUUCCCACGGGAAUAUUGCCGUGAAACUGAAAGAAACAUCAAAAAUCGCAAAUAGAUAGACGAAGAUUGAUUUGUAAUUUCUGAGAAAAAAAACAAAAGAAAAAAUCUCAAAAAAAUGCCUUUUAGUCAGAUAAAUUCAUACAAUUAUUUUUUUGCCGAUGUAACAAUUAAAUUUAUUUUUUUUUCCUUUUCUCAUCAUUUUCUUUUUGUGUUUAAGUUCGCUUAGUGUCUCGUUUAUAAAGACUAUUGAUGAAAAUUGUAAUUAAACAAAAUCAAUAAAAUGAACAAAAAUGUUA